AGUCUCAGUGCGUCUCCAAACGCUCAUUCAGCAAGCAUUGCGCUGCCGCCGGGACGCGCUACUUUUGCCCCAACAUGAGCACCGUGGCCUCUGAGAAUGUCUUUCUGUCCGCUCUCCAGCCCAACAACGCGGUCACCACCUACGGCCUCCCGUCAGAGAUCCAUCUCGGGAGCGGUGCGUCGGGCACGGACGAUAUGUCGAGGGCUCGACGGGUCCAGCAGCAGGUUCAAAUGCGGCUAGCCGAGAAGUCCACACUUCCGCGUCAUAAUGGCUCUAUUUCCACCUCCGCCAUGUCAGACUAUGGAGGGUCUUCCACUAUGAAAUAUCAGACGUACAAUCCGGGUUACAGUUCCAAGUCCUCCUAUGCUUUCUCAAGCUCCAGGACCAUGGCGCCUCAGAUGGCACAGAGGUCCGGCUUCAGCUCUCUAUCAACCGGCCCGGACAUGUCCCAGUUCCACCGGAUUAGUGUCGGAGGCGGUGGAGGUUAUUACCGAGAUGACGGCCAAAUGGGCACCUACCAAAUGAAUCGGCAACAAACCCGUAUGGAACCAGAAAUUGUCUCCUUGCACGGCAUGAGACAGCAGACCAUGGCGGCCCCCGCCUGGAUGGUGGACGGUAGUGAUGGCGCUAGCAUGGCCUCAGACCGCGAUGCCGUAUUCAACCGCCAGUACGUGCAAAGCAAUGGCUACAGCACGCAGAUGAGGCAAAGUGCGGGUUCUAUGACCUUUCCGGCGUCCAUGCGUCGAUCACACAGCGGCACCAUUCCACGUAUGACAGAGAUGGACUUGGGGACUGUCCAGCAAUCUUCCUACAAAGGCCCGGCCUACCGCACCAUUAGCAGGAUUAACAACCGAAACAACCGGAUGAGCAUGGGCUCCAUGUCUGGGACCCUGCAGCGCCAGAUGUCGGGUGCGUCCAGUAUGUUCGGAGGGGGGGUGGACAGAGUGGACUCGGGCUUCAUCGGGCCAGGAAUGUCCUCUGCCUCCCAAGGGAACUUAGCCAUGCAGCGCCGUCAAAGCACCAUUUCCCGGGCCAUGUCAAUCAAAAGCAUGCAGAGCGUGGGCCGUGGAGCCGAUAUAUUCAACGAACAGAUGGGUGUCGGAAGCAUGGGGAACCUCGCCGGGAUUGAAACUUUGGACAUGAGCAGAGCUGUGCAGUAUCUGAGAGAACCAGACUCUGCUUUGCAAGUCCUGGGCGCAGCUUACAUUCAACACGAGUGUUACAAUGACAGUGAUGCCAAAAAUGAGGUACGCUUAUCCAAAGGCAUCAGCGAGCUGGUAAAACUGUUCAACUCGGACAGUCAGGAAGUGCAGCGUUACGCCACCGGCGCAACACGCAACCUCAUAUACGAGAACAUGGAGAACAAGGUGGCACUGAUCGAGGAGGGCGGCAUCCCGCAGCUGGUGGAGGCGUUAAAGGAGCCCGAUGACGAGCUUCAAAAGAACAUCACCGGAAUCUUGUGGAACCUGUCAUCCAAAGACACCCUGAAGGAGAAACUGGCCCGCGAGGCUCUUCCGGAUCUGACCGACAAGAUCCUCAUCCCUCUGUCUGGCAGCGAAGGAUCGGAGGGCGUCAAGCAGUCGGCCUCGGAGGCGGAAAUCUUCUUCAACACCACCGGCUGCCUCAGGAAUCUCAGCUCAGUGAAUGAAAAGACCCGUCAGAACAUGAGACAGACUCACGGCCUGGUAGAUUCGUUGGUGACCUACAUCAAGUCCUCGCUGGAGGAGAACAAAGCGGAGGACAAGGGAGUGGAAAAUGCAGUCUGUGUCUUGAGGAACCUCUCGUACCAGCUCUAUAGCGAGAUGCCCCCGUCGGCUCUGCUUCGUUUGGAGGGGCCUAGCCGAGCCGAGGACUCCGGGAAAGGCGAAUCCAUCGGCUGCUUCACGCCUCAGAGCAAGAAGGCGAAUAGUCGGAACCAAGACCUGUCCACGUUCACCGAAGUUGCCCGCGUUCCAAAAGGCAUGGAGUGGCUAUGGCACCCGCAGAUCGUCGGCUUGUACAACCGUGUGCUGCAGCAAUGUGAGAUCAACUCGACCACGCGGGAGGCGGCUGCGGGAGCUCUCCAGAAUAUCACGGCCGGAGACAGGCGGUGGGCGGGGGUGUUGAGCCGCGUAGCCAUGGACCAGGAGCGCAUGGUGCCAGUCCUGCUGGAUCUUUUGCGCACCAACAACGAUUCGGAGUUGCGUUCCAUCACGGGCUUCCUCCGAAAUUUGUCUCGGCAUGCCAAGGAUAAGAAUCACAUGGCCACAAAGGUGGUGAACAACCUAGUGACCAAGCUGCCCACCGAUGGCUACCAGAAGGAGCCGUCCAGCGACGUGGUGGUCAACAUCUGUGGCAUCCUCAACAACUUGGUGACAUGCAGCUCAGUCGCCGCCAGAGACAUUUGCUUCUUUGACGGCCUGCCCAAACUGGUCGCAAUUAAGAAUACAAACGACUCCAGUUCUGGCAAGAUGAAAGCUGCUAAAGCAGCCGCUACGGUGCUCAGCAACAUGUUCCAGUACAGGAAACUGCACAAAGACUACAAAAAUAAAGGCUUUACAAGACCAGACUUUGCAGACAUGUCCAUCUAAAAUGUAAGGUAACAUUAAGUCCUGCAGUUCACCAGUGACCUUCUGACAGCGAAGAUAGAUGUCAACCUUUUCUACAAUUCCGAGAUAACCCAGGCUGUUUUUAUCGGUUUGUUGUGAUAAGAACACUCAGUGGACGUCAGAGAAGGAGAGGUAGUCAAGGAAAGCGUAUGUCAGUGUGUGGAAUGAGGGAUGGCUUUUUUUUUUUGUACAAGCAGAUGUAAAACUAAAGAUUGACAUUUAACCAAUGCGGUACUCACAUGUAUAUGUAUAUAUAUAUAUAUAUAUUGCUUAAAGUUCAACUUAGACAUGUUUUAUACACUGUAACCAAGGACUUUCUUAUAGCAUGUUGUGACUUUUGGAAAGUUGCUCAUGAUUUUUGAAUAUGAAUGAGUGAAAAUACAUUUAAAGUCAAUGUACUACAGAGAUGCAUUGUUUAUACCUUUUGGGAUAUUGGUGUGACUCUAAUGUUGUCGUUUCAUUUACUCAUGAACUCUUCAAAUGUGUCUUAACGUUUUACUCAUUCGCUGCCAAUGACAGAGAUAGACAUCCAAUCCAUUUUGACUAGGUCCUAGUCAAAAUGGAUUGCAUUCCUGUCGCCAUCAACGGCAUGUGUGAUUGAGAAACCAUGCAUGAGCUGAAAGAAUGCAGUCCUAACAAGUUUCCAUGUGUUUUUAUUUUUGUAACUGAUCCAUCACAUAAUUUGACACCUUCACCUUCAUUUUUGUCCUGACAACUGUGGUGACCGGUGUCCAUUUUGAAAAGAAUGUUUAAAUGUUGUUUGCUUAAUGUGCAGCUUUGAUUGAAUAAAGAAAUAGAUCUGCCAACCAAGUGAGGUACAUGUGUAA